UUAAUCUAUGAUACAGAUCUAACCUAACUUUUUAUCUGUGAAAUGUUGUUUAGUUUUACAAGUUUUGUUCGUAAUUCUGCUUUUAUACUAAUGUAUAAUGCAAAAGUGAAAUAGUUUUAAUUAGUUUAUGUCAAAUAGGUGUCCCAACUGGUGCAAUGGACCGAAAUAAAUUGGUGUCUGGAUCUCGGGGACCUAAAGGAAAAGUAACACAACAGCCCCCGGAACAAUUCAUAGCAUUAGGAGCAAAACCGUCAACCUCCCGAGAAGAUGCUAAACGAGGCAUUUCACUUUCUAAACAGGGCUCCAGCUCUCAUAUUUCUUCAUCCUCUAGUAAAGGUUUGCCUGAUAGAAAAAGAGAAGGAUCUUCAUCAAGUCUUCAGUCCUUGCCACCUUCUAAAAAACUGAAGGUCCCAGUGCGACAACCUAGCAUUGGAGGUUCAAGUAUAUUACCAGUAGAUCGUGGAACCCCACCUUCUUCAGGAGCAGAGCCUUGGGAGACUAUGGCACAAGAAUGUGAUUCUUGUGAUAUUUUUGAAACAGUAAUGAACUUAAUUCAAGGGGGCAAUACUGAAAAAUCUGUAAGCUACGUUCUUGGUGCUAUAAAAGCCCUCAAGGGCCAAAGGGAAGGACAACGAUUCAAGCCUUGUAAAGUACUUUAUAACAGUAUACUGCUUAUAUGCCAAUGUAAACCUUCACUUUUUACAAAUGAAUAUAUUGUAAGUGCUUUGGUCAGUUCAUUAAGGAGAGAUAUAGCAGUUGGAUAUAAAAGUGCUACCAAAGGAAAUGCUUACAAUCAAAUAUUAUACAUUAAUACACUUAUGCAUGCUUUUGCUGAAGUAUUACAAUGGCCUGAAGUCUUUGUAAAGUUGUAUGUGGAGGAUGCUGUGGCUGAUCGAAUUUGGAUUGAUAAUCCUUAUUGCAAACCUUUUGUGGAAAAUAUAGUAACUGCUUUUAACACAAAACAACCCCCUAAAUAUCUGCUAUCAGAGACGUGGUUUCUUAGCAGCCGUGAUACUGGAAGUCCUCUAACUGUUAAUACUUUAGAUGAUGAUGAAGCAUUCAAUGAACAUAAAUCGGUAGUAGAAAAAUGGCAAGUGAAAGUUUGUCCACGUUAUACCCAAUCCCAAGAAGUAGUAGAACAAAUAGUUUUGGAAGCUAUAAAAGAACAGCUGUCUAGACGCCAACAACCAGAAACAGUAACAAAAAAUUUCGUGCGUUUUCUGAGCACCGCUUGCGGCUUAGUAGAGAUCCGAGUGAUCGCAGUUUCUCGUUUAGAGACUUGGCUGCACAACCAUAAAUUGAUGAAACCAGCUCAAGAACUGCUCGCUUAUCUUUGCUACAAUUGUUCUGCCAGCACCCAAAGAGACAUUGAAGUUGUAGCUCAGUUAAGUAAAUUGAGACUAAAAAAUAAACCAUUAGUAAACAUCUUUAAUAAUUGUUUGAAAGAAAUGGUGGUAUCGUUUCCUGAAAACUUGUACCCCCUAUUAAAAUACACUAUUUACAAUGAGCUAUCAAACGCGAGAAAUACCAACAAUUUGGUUGUCGUGGGUGCCAUGUUCCAGGUGACACCAGAAGCAAGUGCAGAUGCUUUUGCUGACAUUUGUUUAGAACUACUACUAAAUAAAGACGAUUAUCUCCGCUCUUUACGGACGCUAUUGAAAGAGAUUAACCGCGUUCUGCGUCACGAUUUCAAUCUCUUAAGCGUCGUUCACGCGCUUUUGCGAGAACGUCCUGAACUGCUUGGUGUAAUUCGUGAUUUUGAGUUUAAAGAUCGUCUUUUUGUCUCGUUGGCGGACUUAGUAUCGAUGUGUAUGCUUCUUUGCAUCAGUCCCCAAGUCAGAGACGCUGCGACUCAAAGCAAGAGGGACGCGAUUGUACUACAAGCGUUUCAAUCCCAAGUGAGCAACAUACAGCGAGAAGCUGUGAUAUGGCUUCACGAUAUUGCCGUCCGAAUUUUUAGACCAAAUCAAACAGAUUUCGUUCAUGUACUACAUAAGGUUUUGUUCUUAGCACCGGGUGAAGAAUAUUAUAAAGUCGAUUCGUGGCCAGGCGAAAACGAACGAAAUCUCUUUUUAAGACUUGCUAGUGAAGUGCCACUUCUUCAAGCAACGUUGUUAAGACUUCUUCUAAUAGGUUUAUCUAAGGAACACCCCAUAACUCAAACAGACUUAAUGGAAGUCGUUGAUCAAUUAAUAAAGAGAGCUGCAGGUUUACCAGCCGAUUGUAUGCCUUCCCUUGCGAUGGACAAGAUUGAAAUCGUUGACUUUUUCUUUAAUUUGUGUUGUUAUAAUUACCCUGAAAAUAUUAUUUUACCUGCUGGUUACGUUCCACCAAAAUUGGCUAUUGCAUCAUUGCUGUGGAAGACUUGGCUCAUUCUGUUAAUACUAGCUGCACAUAAUCCUUCUACAUUUGGAAGUUUAUCUUGGAAUAAAUACUCCACAUUAAGGAUGUUGAUGGAAAUGUGUAUAACUAAUCAUUUUUCAUUUCCACCUCCAACGAUGGUUUCUGCGACUGAAACUCUUGAUGACUUCUUGUCCAAAGAACUCCAAAUUUGCUCCUUAGAACGUCAAACGAUCCUCGAGUUUGAAUCCCAUUUGGCCGCGGCCAGUACCAAAGUUGAAAUUACUGAACAAACCAGUCUUCUUUUAUCACAACUAAUCGAGCUAAAACCGUCUGGCGAUCCCCGUAAACCACCUCCUCAUAUCCUCGAUCAGUUACAAUCACUCAACAAUACAUACCGUCUUGGUCAUUUACUGUGUCGUUCCCGAAAUCCAGAUUUUCUAUUGGACAUCAUGUCUCGACAAGGAGGCACAGCUCACAUGCCGUGGCUUGCAGAACUCAUCCAUUCGUCUGAGGGAGCUUUUGCACAUCUACCUGUGCAAUGUCUAUGUGAAUAUCUAUUAUCAGCGACUCCUUCUGAUAAAGCCACAAAACAUACCCAAGUUCUGGCUCAUUUACGAACGGUAGUGAAUGGUAGCGAUCCGCAAAGUGCUUGUGAAGUCUUGGAAUAUUUACUGAGAAGAUUAACAUCCAUACAUGCCUCCAGUCGUAUACAAGCUAUCAAAGGAUUAACACUAAUCCUUAAUCCAUCCGAAGACGUAGAAAUAAACAAUGUUAAUACUUCUAACACAGAAUGGCUUACGAGGUACAUACCCCAAUUUUUACACUUGCACGCUGUGAAACCUCUUUUAGCUCAAUUCUUAAGGCAAGCGUUUUUUGUUGAGACAAAUCCAAUUCAUGUCUCCAACUAUAUCGCCUUUCUGUCCUCCCAAGAUGUCGAAGAAUCUAUGACAGAUUUAUUAGAACUCGUUUUCGAUUUGGCAUCGUUAAUUGUCGAAAGAACUACAGUUGCUACAAACAUUUUACCUGGAGACAACAUGCAAACUCUAAAAUCCCUGAUUACCAUGUUUUGCGUGUAUCUUCAAAAAGCUCGGCAACCAACAGACGAGACGUUUCACUGGUCAGAGAGCCAAGAUCAGGUGGUAGUCAGCUGGGCAAACGGAGAUCAAUGUACAUUGCAAAUUUUAAUCGUUCACGCCUCUAUCAUCCUUCUCACUUACGGUCCCUUGGAUGAUUUUGAACACUUCGACAUCUUGGUUGAUAUGUGGUUCCCACUAAACGAAGAACAGCCAAAAGCAUAUCUCGUAGACACCUCAGAAGAAGCAUUACUAGUUCCUGAUUGGUUGAAGCUGCGUAUGAUUCGCUCCACUGUACCUCGAUUGGUCGAUGCGGCCGUUGAAAAGUUGGAAGCGUCUCAGUUGGUUCUCUUUAUCCAAUCUUUCGGAAUACCAGUCGUUUCCAUAAGCAAACUUUUGCAAAUAUUGGACAAAGCGACACUUUUAGACCCAAAACUCGUUGUGGAUUCUGUUUUGGACAAGAAUUACAUGAUACAGUUGGUUGAAGUACAAAACAGAAGGGGAGCUGUGGGAGGGGAGACUUUUGUGAAAGCUCUUGAAAUGCAAACGCCUGCUUUACCAGAAGAUGGACAAAUAGAGAAUAUUUCCCAUACCAAACCCAGUAUUACAGUUGCAGUUGUUAAAAAGGAACUUUUGAUAGACACAGAAACUGUUAUCGACUCUUUGGACCUAAUAUUUGGAAAGAAAUCUAAUGGAAAUAAAAACGAAGAACAUCUAAAAUUGUUGAAGGUCAUCUCAUCAAAUAAGCAUGUAUCAGAAGUUAUUUUAGAUUACUUAAAAUCUGCUCCAUCAGAAUUCGUAAACACUUUAAUUUCCCAACAACGUUUUUCUGUUUCAUUAUUUAAGUUAAUUUUUACGAAGAAAAACGUCAACAAAAAUACAGCGUCUGUAGCCAGUUACCUUUUAUCGAAAAUGAACGACAAAACGUGUUUCUUAGCUUCUGUUUUGAAGCAGUUUUUAAAUUAUUAUUCGAAAAGUAAAGAUGAAAUCAAAAUGGAAGUUGAUGAAUACAAAUCGGUCAUUAAAGAAAAUAAAAUUACAACCAACAGACAGGUGUCUGAUAAAGUUGGAGAAAGAUUAGGAAAAUUGCUAUUAGAUAAAGAAACAUUACCAGAAAAGAAAGGACUAAUUGUUGACUGGCUGGCUCAAAUCGAAUUGGAAAUUGCUAAACCUGAAGAAAGAAGUGUACAGAUGAAUUUGCUAUUUGCAAAAGAGCAAAUCCCUUUCAGACCACUUCUAAUCUCCCUCUUACUACAAAGGGGCAGUUGGCAAACAUUAUUUUCACUUAGAACCCAGUUGUUAAAAUGUAAACAGGAAUACUGCCCUGUUUCAGUACUUAAUUUCUUGAAAGCGCUAACUCAAAGUCCUAAACUAUGGCAAGGAAGAGACAAAGCUGUUCCCAAGCAUCAUGACACUGAAGACGUGCUUCAGUUGAACUCACAGCAACUCGCAGUCCUUACAAAUUAUAUAUUGGAAGAAGCCCAUUUGUACGAAGAAAAUUGGCAAAGCAAUAUGGAAUCGCGUCUGCCCCUCUUACUUCAAAGUAUCGGUUACUCAGCCUCAACAGUGGCCCGAGUAUUACUUGAUAAAGUACAAAAUGAUGAAAAAGCUCGCGAGCUGUUACUCAUGCUGUACAUGUCAGUUCCAGCGGUGAAAAGUCACAUAGAAAACUUCGACAUGCAGCAACUAGCUGGUGCAGCCUAUUCUAAAACCUGCGGUAGCGUUGUUGAUGUUAUCUCACACACGUUGUUCAGUGCAUUAACAACUACACCCCGUGUCAAAGACUGGUCUCGGAAGAGCAUCGACCUAGAAUUAUGCGCGCGAAAACUCGCUGCUGUCCAUCCCGAACUUGUCCUGAGGCAAUUACCAAUGUUAGCCGGGAGUUUACGAGGAAGGGCGCAGUACGAAUGGAUUGUGUUGAAAAGUCGAGGACAUUUUUUGCUUUUCACGCAAGUGCUCGGUAUUGUUGAACUAUUGCAGCCCAUAGUCUUCGAACAGACUAAGGCUUUAAGUUCAUUUUGUGAUUCAUAUUUUCUAUUAUUACAAUAUCAUGGACACUCGAAGGACUUAACGACCUUACUUAGUCGAUUUGUCACGUUUUUGCAAAAUUGGAUGAUGCAUGAUGUAAAAAAUGCAUUGAAAUAUCUCCAACAGCAUGGGCAUUUAUUAAAUGAUCUACAAAUAUCACAGCCGAGCGUUCGUCCCUUGCUUUCCAGCGUGACGUUGCCUGCUACUCAGCAACAGGAGCAGUCAGGGAGAGGAGGUACUCAGGAGUUACUUGUGGGUGCAACAACCCCACCCACUGACGACCCACUACCACAGCAGUGGCCAACAUUGAUGAAUACAUUGCAGACACAACAAGAUCCUCUUACAGCCCUUCAAGAUCUCGAUCACAUAUCAAACAAACGGCCACAGCUUUUGUUGCUCGUCGCUCCACAACUUUACAACUGCGUGACAUCACCAACGUCCUGUGGAAGCACUCGUUCCCUUGCACUCGUUUUAAUCUUGAAACUACUUAAACACCGUCCAGAUAGGAGUAGCGAAGUGAUGCCGUUGCUACUUACUUGUUUGGACAACAGUAAUCCGAAUGUGAUUUCGAGUGUGCUUGAUCGACUCCCUGAACUGGUCGCAAUGAUGCAGGAACACGCAAAGGUCAUAAUAGGUAAGGUUUUUCAAUUGUCUGUGAAUGAAAACGUAAACGCAUCUGCAAAUAUAAGUAAGUGUUUAGCCCUCUUAAGCCUCCAGUUUGGUUGCUGAUCGCUACGAAUUGAAGUUUUGUAAAUUUAUUAUUAGGUAUUAUUAUUUUUUUUUUAAUAUUGUAAGAGUUUACAGUAGACUUUGCAUAUAAAAGCAUAGCAUUCAAUUUCAGGGA